AUGAGAGAAGAAAACAGUAUCGAAACAAUUAAUAAGUCUGCAGUCACCGAUGCGACGGUUAACGAAGCCGAAGAAAUCGUUAAAAAGGUCUUCAAUAAGAUAGAGUCCUAUGCGAAGCCGGAUAAAACACCGACCGAGAAAUUCACAACGUCGGAUACGAAUACGGGGAAGCCUGGCAUCGCGAGCUCCAGCAUCAACGAAAUCGAAAAUGAGAGGAGUAAAAAGAAGAAACCCUUGAGGAAACCGAUCAAGGGCGAAGAAGACGACGAUGACGAUAUUUUAGGAGAUAGUCUGGACGACGAUGAUGAUGACGACGAUGAAGAUGAAGAGAUUUUAAACGACGACGACGAUGAUGACGAGAAGGAUAACGAGGCAGAGGAGGACGAAGAUGAGAAGGUUGACGGAAGUGAACACGAGAAAGGCGAGAUUGAGGAUUUAGAUGACGACGACGGCGAAGAAGAUGCGGUGAUCAGCGCGUUGGUUUAUGACGAAAAAGAGAAUGGAAAGAAGAUGGGCAAAGUGAAGAAACAUCACCAGACUUCCGAAGCUUACGACGAUGACUCGGAUUACGAAUUAGGCUUGACCGGACUUCUGGCAAGAAGCAGGCAUUCGAGAGGCAGUCGUCAGAGCAAAGAGACGAGAUUCUAAGUCUUAUAUUCUAUACACGUUCUAUGCACGUAUAGAAUAAUCGAAAGAAACCAUGACACGGUAGUUUUUCAAAUAGAUCAAUCGAUUAUCGGCGAAGAUUAAGUCCAAAGUUUUAGUAACCGUUCAAGAUUGGACUCCUUUGUUAAAUCGAAGAAUAUAUCGUUGACUAUGUUAAGAAGUAUGGAGACUGAUAGCUUCUUCUAUUCUUUGAUAAGAAUCAUUCUAUUAUUUAACUAACUACUAGUAGAUAACAACAUAUGUAUAAUAUUUUUUGUAAAAAGCUUUUCUGCUAAUGUUAUUCAGACAUCAUGAUAAUAG